UCUGAACGCCCCUUCCACUCACCUCUCCAGCACCGCAGAGGGCGUACUCCCGGGUAAGGACCUCCGGUGCGUUCUUGGUGAUUUCCCCUAUAGGCCCCGCCCACCUGCCCUCUAGGGCCCGCCCCCAGAGACUGAUUGGUCCACGCUGAAGAUUGGCUUCGGGCCCGUUCCGCUACUUCUAUCGGCCCCGCCCCUCGCCGAAGCCUCUGGCCUGUUCUCGAAAACUUCGCCUCCUCCUUCUCGGAAGCCCAGCCUCUCUGACGCCACACUUGCUUCCUUUUAAGCAAAAGGAGAGCAGAGACUCUUGAACUACAACUCCCUGCAGGCUGGGAGAAAAUGAGUCAACCUCGGCCGAAAUCUUGGCCCCAUUGCCUCAUGGGAGUUGUGGUUUUCCCGUUCAUUUUUGCCCCAAGAAACGGCUGCAAGUUAACGCUCCUUAGCCAUUGUACAGCCCAGUUUAUAAGUUUCUCCAGGUGUACAGCUAGACUGCAAUAGGGCCUCUCUUGGGUCCCUUUAAGGAACACCGCAUGUCAUUCCAAUUCAGAACCCCUGGAGCAAGUUGCCUGGCUGCAGCUGUGGCCGGGGGUCAUUUGUUGAAAGUGGAGCCUGGGGGCCAGGAGGGAGCUGGAUCAGGGCAGGUCCCAGUGGGAAUCCCCCCUCCCUCUGAGUCCUCUUUUUCCCUGCCUACUUCCCCUAGACCCAGAGAUUAGGUGCCCAGUUCCCAAAGAGAGGGUCAGGUAUGUUUCGAGAUUGGCCACAGAGGCAAUUCAGUGAGGCGUGAAUGUGAGUGGCUACUCGGCACAAGGGGAACAGAGGGAGUUUCCAGGAUCCCAGACAGGUGGGUGCUGGGUCUUGGAGACGCUAGGCGCCAGGUGUUUGGGGCCCAGAGGCCUGAGUUCUGGUGCUUAGGUCUAGGGUAGUAAGGUACUGGACUAUAGGCUGGGAGAGAAUUAGUUACUUGGGGGAGCCAGAACUGGACUCCUGGGCCCCUGAUAGUGAUAAAAGCUGAAACCAGGCCUCUGGCCCCCUAACAGGAGAGGAUGCUGGGAUUCAGGGAGAGGAGCUCUGGUGGCUCAGCAGUUAAGUGCUUGGCUGCUAACAGAAUGGUCCGGCAGUUCAAACCCACCAGCCCCCCUGUGGGAGAAAGAGGUGGCAGUCGGCUUCCGUAAAGAUAACAACAGACUAGAAAAUUCUAUGGGGGCAGUUCUACUCUGUCCUAGAGGGUCGCUAUGAGUUGGAAUUGACUCGACAGCAAUGGGAUUUGCAGUCCAGGAGAUCUAAGUCUUAGGUUCAGGUGUUGAAAAGCAGAGUUCACUGGGAUGUUGGAUCUGGUCCCUAAUUCUUGUUUCUCCAGAAUGUCUCAGGAGAAUGACACAUGGAAUAAAGAGUGAGUAGGAAAAUGGGUUUGGGGGGGAGGAGGAACUCAGCUCUUGCCUCAUAACUGUGUUUGCAAUAUUCAGUACCACCAGGCUUGCAGGAAGGCGUUGGGGGCUGGGGCUCCUGGGUCUGAGGGAGAGAGCUGGGGCCCCAAAAUCCUGGGUCUGAGGGAGAGAGCUGGGGCCCCAAACUCCUGGGUCUGAGGGAGGAGGGUGAUGGGGCCUGGACUCCUAAGUCCUGAGAAUAGGAUCCCUGACUACUGGAUUCUAGGUGGGCCAGUGCUGGGAGAAAGAGCUUCAGAACUGGUAGAGCAGAUUCCAUACCUUCUGUGACCUCACAUGUGUUCAGAACCCCAAGUUGAGCAUAGGGAAGGAGGGGCUCUUGGACAACUAGGGAUGUCCUGCUUGCUGUCACUACGAGCUUGUAUCUCUCUCAGGACCCUGGGGGAUGAGCUCGCCGCCAUGAGGCUGCAGAAACUGGAGCAGCAGGUACUUUGGCCCAAGAAUCAGCACUCCACUCUUCCAUCUUCCCUACCUCCACAGGAUCCCCAUCUUCAGGACUUGCUCUGGGGCUCCAGGUCCUCAGUGGCUGUCUCUGAGUCUCGGGUUCUUCUACUGGGAAAUGGGAAUUUGGGAGCCUAAACAAACCCUGGUGAUAAGCCUUGAAAAUUUCUAAGGAACAAGGGUUCCUUAGUCCAUGGGAGAGGAGGGAGUGGUGCCUGGACUCGAAGAAGGAGAGAGCCAGAGGGCAGUCUCCUGGGUCUGAGGGAGCAGGGUCUCAGGACCCAGACACCUGGGACCCAGGGGACAAAGAGGUCCAUGGACCCUCCCUCCGAGGCAGGCCUCCCCUUUCCCCAGGCCCCACCUAACCCCUGUCUUCUCGUUGGGCUCUUGGCCUCCACGCCCCCCUCCCCGCCCACUCCUGCAGCGGCGGCUGUUUGAGAAGAAGCAGCGACGGAAGCGCCAAGAGCCACUCAUGGUUCAGGCCAACCCUGAUGCUUCCCUGUGGUCUCGGCGACCAAGGCGACGGGAGGAGCGCCUCGCGAGUGACAGCGGCCCCGGGAGCCCUUUCCUCCAGGAAGACGUUCCAGAGGCACGUCUGCGCUCUGGUGCCCACAGUGCCCUCAGCACUGGGAGCUGCGGUGGAGAUGGCAGCAGCGAGCUCAGUCCGCUGGAGUUCCCAACAGAAGCAGUCCCCGGCUUCUUCCACCUCCCAGGGGCCAGUGCUGAGGACAUGAGCGAAUUCCAGGAUGGCAGAGACGAAUACAGGGGGCACAGUCUGGGACCACCCGGAAUGGAGAGCGAGUGGCAACUUGGAGGCUUGACUUGCAAGGGCGAAGACUUGGACGUGAAGGAAGAGGAGUCGGAGUUUGCAAUGAGGAAUUUCCCAGCGGCAGUCUAUGAGGAGGUGCCCCCGUACCCGGAAGGCGAGGACGGCUCAGGAAGUGGAGACGUGGGGAACACGCAUCUCUUGCCACUCCGUGCUCCCGGGCCUCGGCUGGGCGAGAACAUGGAGGCAUAUGUGCUGCGGCCGGCAAUGCGGGGCCACACGGUUCAAUGCCGCAUCAGCCGGGACAAGCGCGGCGUAGACAAGGGAAUGUUUCCCUUCUACUACCUGUACCUAGAGGCUGCAGACGGCAGGAAGCACUUCCUUCUGGCUGGGCGUAAGAGAAAAAGGAGCAAAACCUCUAAUUACCUCAUCUCUCUGGACCCUACAGACCUGUCUCGGGAUGGGGACAACUUUGUGGGCAAAGUCAGAUCCAAUAUCUUGGGCACCAAAUUCACCAUCUUUGAUAAUGGGAUAAACCCUGACCGGAAGAAUUUCUUCCCAGAGACUGCCCAGAUCAGGGAGGAGCUGGGGGCUGUGUGUUAUGAGACCAACGUCUUGGGAUUCCGGGGACCCCGGAAAAUGACUGUGAUCAUCCCAGGAUUCGACACCCAGAACCGGAGAAUCAGGGUCCAGCCACAAAAUGAACAGGAGUCACUACUGAAUCGCCUCCAGCGAGGAGCCAACCAGGGGCUGAUCCUGCUGCAAAACAAACCCCCAUCGUGGAGCGAUGAGAGCGGCGCCUACGUGCUCAAUUUCCAUGGUCGCGUCACUCGGGCCUCGGUCAAGAAUUUCCAGAUCGUGCAUCCGGAUGACUCGGAGUACCUGGUGCUUCAGUUCGGCCGCGUGGCCCCAGACUCGUUCACCAUGGACUUCCGCUUCCCUCUUUGCCCGCUCCAAGCCUUCGCCAUCUGCUUGUCCAGCUUCGAUGGGAAGCUGGCGUGUGAGUAACCCAAUAAAAUGUCAUCCCCUCAUCAGGUUCUGUGCCUGUUAACUAAGAGAAAGGGCCCUAACAUGCCUGCUUUUGCACCACGUUAAUAAUAACCAAUAUGUCUUAGAUGCCGACUGGGUGUCGGUCCUGGGCUGACGGUAGUGGGCUCUGCAGCAGCACCUGCCCUCACCGGGCUCACAGUCAAGCAUGGGAGAUGGGCUUUGAAGAACAAAAAAAGAGUGAAAUUCUCAUCUGCUAUGGAGAAAAACGCAUCGAGCCACAAGUUAGCCAGAUGUGUAAAAAAGUGACUUUCAUUCUGCUUCCUUGCUGGUGCAAAGAGUUAACACACUCAGCUGCUAAGGGAAAGGCUGGUGAUUUGAGUCCACCCAGAAGAAAAGCCUAGCAAUCUGCUUCCAAAAAAUCAGCCAUUGAAAACUCUAUAGAGCACGGCUCUACUCUGACACUCAUAGGGUCACCAUGAGUCUAAUUUGAACUGAUGGCAACUGUUUUUAUUUAUUUAUUUUUAAUACUACUUUCGAGAAACUAGCUGAGCAAAAGGGAGCAGGGGUGGGAACAUUUCAGCUCAAGCAAAGGUCUUAAAAGUGGGAGGGGGCUUGGUGGGUUUGUGGAUAUGAAAGGAUACUGUGAAAGUGAGAGAGUUGGGGGAAGUUCAGAUCUAACCAAGGAAAAUGACCGUGAGAUGGGAGUGUUGCACGACAAACUUUAUUGGGUCGACCCGUUGACAGCAGCAUGCAGGGGCAGUUCCCCUCUAGGAGCCAGCAGAGGGGGAAGAAGGCAAGGGACCACCCCCUUCAGAGGACAGAAGGAAGGACUCCCUCUGCAACAACGUGGGGAAUCUGGGCCCUAGCGGCCAUUUGGGGUCCUUAUAACUACAGCAAGGAGCCCUGGGGGGCAAUGGUUAACCAAAAUGGUUAACUGUAAGGUCGGCGGUUCGAACCCACCAGCCGCUCUGUGGGAAAAAGAUGUGGUGAUCUGCUUCUCUAAAGAUAUACAGCCUUGGUCAAGGUCAUGGAAGCUCCACAGUCACAUCCAAACUCCCUGAGGGACCAAAUUACUGAGCUGAGGACUGUGGGGACCAUGGGAACAUCUAGCUCGAUUGACGCAAUAGUUUAUAAAAAAAAUGUUCUACAUUCUACCUUGGUGAGUAGCGUCUGGGGUCUUAAAAGCUUGUAAGCAGCCAUCUAGGAUACUCCACUGGUCUCACUCCUUCAGGAGGAAGUAAGAAUGAAGAAAACCAAAGACACAAGGGAAAGAUUAGUCCAAAGGAAUAAUGGACCACAACUACCACAGCCUCCACCAGACUGAGCCCAGUACAACUCGAUGGUGCCCAGCUACAACCACUGACUGUUCUGACAGGGAUCACAAUAGAGGGUCCCAGACAGAGCUGGAGAAAAAUAUAGAACAAAAUUCUAACUCACAAAAAAAGACCAGACUUACUUGGUCUAAUAGAGACUGGAGAAACCCUGAGGGUAUGGCCCCCGGAUACCGUUUUAGCUCAGUAAUGAAGUCACUCCUGAGGUUCACCGUUCAGCCAAAGAUUAGACAGGCCCAUAAAACAAAAUGAAACCAAGGGGGCACACCAGCCAGAGGGCAAGGACUAGAAGGCAGGAGGGGACAGAAAUCUAAUAAUAGGGAGCUCAAGGUCAAGAAGGAGAAAUUGUUAACAUGUCAUGGGGUUGGUAACCAAUGUCACAAAACAAUAUGUGUGCUAAUUGUUUAAUGAGAAGCUAGUUUGUUCUGCAAACCUUCAUCUAAAGUACAAUUAAAAAAAAAUUUACAGCCUUGGGAACCCUAUGGGGCAGUUCUUCCCUGUCCUUUUAAGUCACUAUAAAAUCGACUCAAAGGCAACGGGGUUGUAUCUUAUCUAGGGCUAGCACCUGUUGGGCAUGGUUUCAUGGGGUACAUAAAACAAGCAGGCUCUAAAUGGCCAAAAAUAAGCUCAUUUGGGCUAUUUUUAAAACAAUCGGAUAUGUACACUUUUUAGUUUGGCACCAGCAGGCUUUUUGAACUAAUGGGCUAAGACUGUUCUGAAGAAAUGGGCCAACACACAAUGGCCAUUUUUGGCUUAUUUAUAUAACAGGCCAUGACUUGUCUGUCAGUUUGUUGUACUGUGGUGGCUUGCCUGUUGCUAUGGUACUGGAAGCUAUACCACCAGUAUUUCAAAUACCAGUUGGGUCACCCAUGGUGGAGAGGUGUCAGCGAAGUUUCCAGACUAAGACAGACUAGGAAGAAAGGCCUGGUGAUCUGCUUCUGGAAAUUAGCCUAUGAAAAUCCUAUGUAUCACAAAAGAAUAUUGUUUGUAGAUGCUGGAAGAUGAGCCCCGGAGGCUGGAAGCCUCUCAAAAUACACUGAGGCCACAACAAUGGACUCUAGCAUACAAAUGACCAUGAAAAUGGCAUAAAACUGGGCACUGUUUGUUCUGUUAUACAUAGGGUUGCCAUGAGUUGGAGCCAACUCGAUGGCAACUAACAACCUAACAGGUCAGAGAAUGACAAAAUAGGAGGCUGGAUAGGGUAAAGGACAUUUGGCCCACCCCUGCUUUGAAUUCAUAGAUAUAUCUUACAAGGUCAGAGAAUUCUAGGCUGGAAAUGUAAACUCGAAUGGUAAUUGAAGACGUGUGGGCGAGAGAAUAAAUGUAAUGCUGUUGUUGAAUGCCAGCUAGUUGAUUCUGACGCAUAGUGACCCAAUAGACAGAGUAGAACUGAUCCAUAGGGUUUCCUAGGCUGUAAACUUCAUAGAAGCAGAUUGACGGGUCUUUCUCCCACGGGUGGGUUAGUACUGCCCAUCUUUUUACAGCUGAGUGCUUAACUGUUGUAUUAAUACUAGCUAACAUUUAUAUAGCCUUUGCUAUUUGACAGACAUUGCUCUAAAUAUUAACUCCUUUGGGGCCCUCACAAUCCCACAAGGCGUGCAUAACUGCUAGCUAAAUUUCAAAAAUAAGAAAUAUUGAGACUAUGGAGACUGGGCUUAUAGAUAUGAAAUCAGAAAUCAGACAGCCUUGAGGAUGAGGCAUUGGCGCGUCAGUGCCGGGAAACCUGGAUUCAAUUCCUGGCCCAUGCACCUCCUGUGCAGCCAUCAUGCACCUGUUAGUGGAGCCUUGUGUGAUGCUAUGAUGUCAAACAAGUUUCAGCAGAGCUUCCAGGCUAAGACAAACUAGGAAGAAAGGCCUGAAGAUUUUCUGAAAAUCAGCUCAUGAGAACCCUAUAGAUCAUGUUCUGAUCCACAGCCCAUCGUGAGGAUGGCACAGGACUGGGCAGUGUUUUGUUUCCUUGUGCUUGGGGUUGCAAUGAGUCGGAGUGGCCCCUAGGGCAGUUAACAGCAGAAACAAAACAAAAAAGCCUUGAGGAAUUCAACAUGUAAAACCCAGUAGGGGGAUGACCCUCUAGGAAGGCAGACAACUUGAGCUUCACUCUUUCUUUUUAAGAACAUAUUAGUCCAGUCCCCAACCCCCUUGGGAAGAUAAUUGUCUCGAGGUUAAUAAAAUUUAGGAGUAAGCUAAGGAAAAACUACAAAGCCCACCAGCCCUUAUUUCAAAAAGCCCUUCAGGACAGGGAAGAGGCAAUUUUGAGGGAUGGUGGGAAAUGUAGUUUUUAAUCCUCUACCGUCAUUCGCUCUAACUCUUCCUCCCAACUAUUUCGGGGACCCAGGAGUGGUGGAUACUGUCAGUUCAGACACACCGAGGCGUUGCUCCUUAGAAACCAAAAGGCUUUAUUCUUUAUAUAAACCAACACUUAAAAAAAAUAAAUAACACACAAACCACGUGGUCUUAGCCACGCCUCCCCCCGAGGUUCAGCCAAGGAGACAAGGAUGAGCACGCAGAGGCGGAAACGGGUGUGGCCACUGCGGGGCUCUGGUGCCUGGCAGGGACUGGGAACGUAGAAGGGACGGAGGAGGAAGGCGUGGUCUGGGUAGGGACAGGUACGGGUGUCAGGGAAAACGGUGGGUUCCCGAGGCGUGCCCAAGCCCUGGCCCGGGCAGCAGGGGUGAGGCAGGGUUCUAGCUCCUCCUGGACGCCAGCGAUGCGGCGGGCAAAUCGGCUGCGAUCCCGGGCCAGCUGUUCCCAGGGACCCCGGCGGGCUGCCCGGGCCGGCCCCGCCCAGACAGCCAGGUAAUGGACAGAGACUUUCUCUGAGAAGUGCACCUUGGGGCAGACGAGCAGACACAUGGAGACACAGUGAUAAAGAAAAUGCACACAGCCACACCAGAAAGAAAGAAACAAAAAUUAGUUACACAGAAAUGCUAUCUGGCUAGUCACCUGCCUGCCACAGGAUUUUCCACCUGAAUCACUGAUGACAGAGGUGGUUCCCUAGGGGCUAACAUGAGUCACAACUGCUCCCUCCCCCCCCCCCCGGGAAUCCCAGGAGCCCAGCUUCUUGCAAAGGAUUGCGUUAUAGGUAACAAAACCCAACAGAUUUCCCAUGCAAUCCCCUGCAACCCCUUGGGGUCCCAGAAGUCAGGGCCUCCAGCCCCUCCUCUCCCAGACCAGGAAUUCUAGACCGCCCCCUUCCCUAAACCUCAAGAAUCUGCACCCUCAGUACUCACCUUUGUGGCCUUUAGGGGAAUCCCAAGAUCCGGAUUCUGGGUUGGGGUUUCUAAGGACUUAAGCCGCCUUUGCAGUCGGAGAGGCAGCCUAGGAAGAGGCCAGGGAGGGGGUGGCUUCUCUCCAGGUAAAUAGAUGGCCACUCGGAAUGGACUGGGCUCAGCUUCUCCCCAUUCCUCAGCAGCUCCCUCUUCCUCUGUAUCCUCUCCAGGUCGAUAAAUCCAGGUCCUGAGAAGAGCACUUUGGGUGUGAAGGGAGGGAUGUGGCCCUGAGUCAGCUGUUGCUCCUUCACCUGCUUCCGAAUCACCUACUCCAUCCUCAUCCUCCUCAUAUUCUUCCUCCUCCUCUGUGUCUUCUCCUGGCUGAUACACCCAGGCCCUCAGGAAGGGACUUGUGGACGGAAUGCAGCAAUGACCCUCAGCUUCUCCUUCCUCCUCAGCUGCUCCUGAAUCACUGUCCUCACCUUCCUCCUCUGAAUCCUCUCCUGGCUGAUAUACCCAGGUCCUCAGGAAGGCACUUGUGGAUGGGAUGGAGGAAGGACCCUCAGCUUCUCCUUCCUCCUCAGCUGCUCCUGAAUCACUGUCUUCAUCAUCUUCUUCCUCUGUGUCCUCUCCUGGCCGAUACACCCAGGCCCUCAGGAAGGCACUUGUGGAUAGGAUGGGAAAGGGAUCCUCAGCUUCUAUCACCUCCUUAGCUGCCCCUGAAACGCUGUCCUCAACAUCCUCUUCAUCUUCUUCUGUUUUCUUAUUGGGCUGAUACUCCCAGGCCCUGAGCAGAGGCCUUGGGGUUAGACUGGAGGACUGUGACUCAGGGUCAGCUUCUUUCUCAGCUGCUUCCUUUGCAUUUUUAUCCGUCUCCUCCUUAGACUCCCCCGAACAAUAUUCCCAGGCCCUGGGGUUGGAGCCUGAACAUGACGGGGAAAUGGAGGUCUUCGUGGCUUCUUUCUUCUUUGCUCUUCUUUCUUCUUCAGUGGCUUGAACAACUUCUUCAUCUGUCUCCUCCUCCUCUCCCUCCCCUGGACAACACACCCAAGCACUGGGCUUGGAGCCUGGAGAUAAGGGAGCAGUAGAGGUCCUGAGAGCUUCUUUCUUUACAGCUUCUCUACCCUUGUCUUUUUCUUCCACCCCUGGGCAGCACUCCCAGGGUGAUAGGGGAUAAGAGAAGGCCUUGAUCAUUUCUGUAUUGUUGGCAACUCCUU